GAAACAUGAACACCAUUUUUAUCAUAAAUAAAGCGCCCCAAUUGAAAUGAUAACGACUCCAUCACGUGACGCCCUCAUCUGAGUGCAAAUCUUUGAAAGACAGACAGUUGUCGUAUCGACACACGCGUAGCGAUUAUGAUAAAUUGAUGCAAGAGUGACUGAUCAAAAAUGUGUUAAAAUGGAAAAUGGAAAUGAAAUUACAAUCGAACUUGUUUUUCGAACCGUUGAAAUGUUCUGAAGUUAUUCACUACAUUAUUUUUUUAAUUUGAAUUAAGUUGUUAAAUAUAACGCAGACAAAACAUAAACUACUAAACGAACCAAACCAUCAAACAAAGAUAAAUAUGUAUAAAUAUACUUAGAAUGGCAAAACAAUGGAACUUUAUAAUCAAACCAGUAAAACGUUUAUAAAAAUGAUAUUAUGUUCAGUUGGAUAAAGUAGUUUGCAAGAACAAUUAUUGACGUAACAGGAACCGUGAAAGAAGUUAUGGCGAACGAACUCGGAUUGUUUCUCCUACUUGUUUGUGGGUUGACUGAUCUAAUAACUGUCGAAAUGGCGAAAGGUGAAAACAUCCGCUCAACAGUCAACAUAUGUGAACGAUUUCUUACCGAUAAGAAUCUCGUUUCGCUUAUCACCGACAAGAAGGCUGAAGCAACUCCGUGCGCAUGCGCGGAGUAUGCUAUGGCGCAGGACGCCAUAUUUGAAAAGGUCGGAAAUUGCUACGAAGAAUGGCUGUUCAACCAUGGCAUAAGGCAGAGAUGCUGUUACAGCGAACAUGGUAAAUUACUGACUGGAUACCCGAACGGUGGGUUUAUUAUUCUUAACGGUAUGGAACAUUCCAUGGAUGCAGUCUACAUGUCAUGCUGUCAUGGUAACAACCAGUCUUCAUGCACAGCUUUUUAUGAAAUUAAUACAUCGAAUGACUGCACACGAUAUGAGGAACCGAUGUCAGCCUUGUCUUGGGGCGACCCGGUGAUACAGACAGUUGGCAGUCCGUCGUACAACUACUCAUUCAACGGACAUGGAGAAUACGUUUUUUUGAAAUCACAGCAAGGACUAGAAAUUCAAGCAAGGCUAGAUUACUUAGUUCCGGGGAACAAGGACGCAACAUUAUUUACUGCAUUUGUAAUUACGCAAAAAGUUAAGAACAAGAGCGAGUCCAUACAAGUAACGUUCAACAGAUCGAUGGCGUUUCUUUCUUUACACUUGACUGAUGGAAAGCUUUGGAAGACGUCAGACGCCUGUUCAUCCAUUACUCUAUCUCAACGCACGUCUACAUUUGUGCUUAAAUGUUCAGCUGGGUUUCAAGUAAUUGCACCUGGUGGAACAGCCGUGGAUAUUACAACUGACGGAAUUUUAAUGAAGAUUAAAGUGGCGCAUAGUGAAAAACUAUCAAAUAUGACGGGUCUGGCCGGAAAUGUGAGGUCCGAUAAAAUGUAUGUCGGGAAAAAUGAAACACUUUACCCAUUGAAUUCCAGCGAACAUGCCAUGUUUCAGUACGGAGAGUCAUGGUCAAUACGACAUGACGAAAAUUUAUCAUAUUUUAUUUACAACGUUACGGGUGGAAAGUUUAGCGAUUAUAACACGUUUUCCGAACCAAGAUUCUUUGAAGAUUCGUUGAACAACUUCACAGUCCUGUUUGAGAGUUGUAACAAGACCGAUUUAUCUACUAUAAAUUCAACAUGCAAGAACACAUGGGAAAAUGUGUUUAACAGAGAGUGUCUGCUUACCAUAGCAAGAACCUGUAAUAUAUCCUUCGGCGAAGCGAUUCACAAAGAAGUAGAGAAACAACAUAAGGAGUUCUUGUUUCGAAGCAACACACCACCCACUUUUAAGAACACAAUGCCGAACGAUACCAAUAUGUUGUUUAAUGGCAAUUCUUCCUGGACUAUCAAUCUGACUGAGAUGGUAAACGAUGACAGCAUGACGGAUCUACGAUUUAGGAUGGAGCCUAUGAUAAAUGGUGAAAUGGAUAUUGGAGAAGAUGGUAUAUUCAAUUGGACAGUUGGAACCGCAUUUCGGAAUAACAGCGAGCGAACCCUACGGUUUGUUGUGUAUGACGCAUUUAACUUGUCAGAUUCACGCACAGUCAACUUUCAAUACUGCGGGUGUGAAAAAGCAAGUGAAUGCAACUUCGAAAGUGACACAGAUGUGACUGCGGAAUGCAAAUGUCCUAACCAAUUUGUUACUGGGACAUUUUGUGAAAUUACAAAAAGCCCAUGUGAGAUAUACGACUGUCACGACCAAAGUGCUUGCAAUAAGACAUAUUUUGGCGACGGGAGUCCAUGCGCUGGUUGUAAAAAGGGAUAUUAUGAGCAGAUCAUUGAUUCUAAACAGGAUUGCAUAGACCGUAAUGAAUGCAACGACACAAACGCAAACGAUUGCGAUCAAACGUGCAUUAACCAACCAGGAUACUAUACCUGCUCGUGCAAUCAAUGGUAUAACCUUGACGACGACAAUAAAACAUGUUCAGAUAUUGAUGAAUGUCAAUCGGACAAACUGCUUUGUGGAAAAUAUAAGGAAAGAUGUAUGAAUUUACCCGGACAAAAUUUCACGUGUGUAUGCGAAGCCGGUUACACCAAAGAUUCAUCCGAUUCAGAGUGUAAACCCAUAGUUGGCAAAAUGUAUUUUGGAUAUCUAGAGUACGUUCUUAAAUCUGAAAGCUCACAGUCUAAUGAUACGUUAAACGGAGGAAUACGGAACGCCUCAAAAACUUUCUUCGACAAAAUAAACGGAACUACUGGGAUUUUGGCAAUAGAGGUUUACAAAAUCUUCAUCAGGAGCCCCAAUAUUCACUUCGAUUUUAUCGUGCAUAUGAAUGACAAUAUCGAACUGAAUAUAGUUGUAGGUCGUUUAAAGACUGCACUUAGUGGUAAAACGGACAUGGCAUUUUUAGGAGUACAAAUGCAGCCAUCUGUUGAAGUUCAUGUUUAUUCGCCCAGUGAAGGAGGCAUAUGUAAUGUUGAACCAAAGCGUACAGACUGCUUUGAACAAAGCACCUACUGCGUUAACAGGAACAUCACCGAAGACUAUUACGAUUGCGCAUGUCGUUUCGGAUACAAGAAACCAGUUUCAGCCAAAAAGCGAGAGAUUUUUUGUGAUGAUGAAAACGAAUGCGAGGAAUAUGAUGAUAACGGAACGACACAUACACGAUGUGUAUAUGGACACUGUUCCAAUACGGUUGGGUCCUGGAACUGUACAUGUCCUCCUGACAGACUCUGGAUGUCUGUAGGUACUCCGGCACAUCCCGUCUAUCGCUGUCAAGGUAACCACAGUUAUUUGGGUAACGUCUCUUUUAUCUGGGACGCACAGCAAGGGCAUAUAAACCAAUCUGUAAUAAAGUCCUUUUUGACGUCUCAGAUUUCAGAAGUUUUUUCAAAUGAAACUUUUGAUCAAAAGAAUAUGACAGCAGUUACCUCAUUGUUUGUGUCGGUGACUAUUUUGGAAAACACAUCAUAUUCCGGAAUUCCCGAUACAGAUCUACACAAGUUUACAUACGAGUUUCGUAUUCGCAUGGGAGAUCCAGUAAGCACUGACCUUCUACACAAAAUUGGAAGUGAACGCUUCAAGCAGGGUGUAAAAAUAGGGACAGUCAGAUUCACACAGUUCAUUGUUUUUAAUGAGUCAGACAAUGAACUGUGCAGACGCAGUAACCAAGGUCACUGUGAACUCCGGUCAACUGAAUGUAAACAGGAAAAUGGAACUACCAUGUGUGUGUGUAAAAAAGGAUUCCAGCCAAGUACUUACACAAAAUAUUUAUGUGAAGAUGUGAACGAAUGCAGUAAACCAGACGAUUACAAAUGUUCUGGUAAUGGCUCCUGUGUCAACAAAGAUGGUAACUGGACGUGUAAUUGUCCUGAUUAUGCACAACUUGUUUACCACAAUAACACAUACCAAGAUUGUUCAAGGGAAGUUUUUUAUUCGUGCGAAUCUGCAAUCUACCAAACAUAUAAGUGUCCUAACGGUCUAAGAACAUGUAACGCUUCAGUGUGGUCUUGUCAGUGCCACGAUGGAUAUAAUUUGACUGGAACAGGGGUUAAUUCUACAUGCAUCGACAUAGAUGAAUGUAAAGAAAAUCCGUGUGGUCAUGGAAUUUGUAGUAACACUGACGGGAAGUAUUCUUGCACCUGUAAUAAAGGUUUUGAAUUAGACGCACCCCGCAAAUCAUGCAUAGAUAUUGAUGAAUGUUUACAUUCGAACGACAUUUGUGUCAACGGGAAAUGUACCAAUAACAACGGAAACUACACAUGCAAUUGUCUUAAUGGUUUCUACGAACAAUUUAGAAACCAGUACGUCACUUAUUGUACUGAUAUAGACGAAUGUACUAAUGCUUCCUACUCCUGCGACGGAAAAUGUACUAAUCUACAAGGGUCAUUUACGUGCGCGUGCCCAGACGGUUAUGAAAACCAUACAUCAGGCGAUAACCACAUAUUCACGUGCAAAGACGUCGAUGAAUGUGCAAAUCCAAUUGGUUACCAAUGUAUUCAUGGGACUUGUACAAAUACAAACGGAUCGUGGGACUGCGUAUGUGGUGUUUCAAGUCGACCUUCGAAGUUGAACAACAGCGUCAUUCAAUGCAUUGAGGUAUACAGGUAUCCCAUGCAGUUUGAAGUUCAAGAGAUAAGUCUUCCAGGAGGAGGCCACCCAACUGAUAAGGAAAUCCAAGGCCUUCUAAUAAAACAGCUUACAUACAUUUUGAAUAGCAGCCAAGCACUUGGUGGAAAAGUCCAGUUACCAGUAGAGCUAUUACAGGAUGGGUACCAUCAUCCAUUAAAUGGAAAUAUCACAAUCAACGUCACAGUGAUUCUUUCAACGCUGUCCAACGAUUCAGCCUUGCAAACCGUGUUUGAGAAAUCUGAUCUAACUCAACGUACCAUCAUGGCAGGCAACAUACUUGUUAUUUCGUUGAGCAAAACAGAAAUAUAUGUUGACCAGUGUAAAUUACAUUCGAAAGCUUGUGAUUUCAACUCCACUGUAUGUGUCUUCAAUAAGUCAGAAGGACGUGUAUCAUGCGAAUGUCGCACCGCGUAUAAGAACGUCACAUAUCAUGAAGGUGUUGGAUUUUGUGAACCAGUAAAGGAGAGUAUAGAGGAGUUUGCGUAUGUUUCGUCCGUCAGUUUUACACUCCAGGCUAACAUAUACAAUAGCUCAUCUUUAAAGGAAACGGUAAAGCAGCAGAUUACAGCUAUGUACCAGGCCUUGUUUGGGUAUGGCAAGAUUUGGGUAGAAAUUGUGAAAAUAUUAGGAGUCAAAAAACGUAGAAAGAGAUCCACGACUGAGUCUGCAUCCGUUGAGUUCAUACUUCAUGCGAAUGAAAGUAUAAACGAAACAAAUAUUAAAGAAGCUUGGGAAAAUUGCACAGAUGUCAGUUCGUCUUGCUACGAAAAAGUACAAGCUUAUUCAAACGCGGCUUUCAACCUAACCUACAAUCAAACCGUGUUUAUUUAUAGAGAAAAGGAUUUGUGCAAUAUUUCGAAAGUGUGUGACAAAAAUACAACCACUUGCAACGACACAUCUUCACAGAUUGAAUGCAGCUGCACGGCUGGUUAUGUCAACAUCACCUUUAUAAACGAAACUUCAAUUUAUAUAUGCGUGCAACCAGCCGACUUUCCAGAAGCUACAUCAACUACAGUGACUUCAAACACAAUGAUAUCAACUACAUUCCCAUCAACCGCAAUGACAUCAACUACAAGGCCGUCUGGUUUAUCAAUAUCUUCUUCUAGCCCAGAUUAUACUGUCACAAAUCGUACACCGCCAACUGCAACCACUACCUCUUCAUUCUCUGAACCAACACACAACUCGACCAUUCAUCCGGUAAACUCCGAAAAUGGCAAGACGGUUCAAUCCCAGAUUGGAACAUCUUCAGUCGGGACAAACAAAUCUCAGGCUACCACAGAAGUUAACGAGAAUAUUGUCUCGCCAAGAAAGGAGACAACAACAAAGUCUAAUGAUGGAGUGGAUAUGCAAAAAGAAGAUAAACCCGUGUAUUCAAGCAACACGGCUCUGAUCGCCACAGGUGCAAGUCUGGGUAGCGUCGUCCUGAUAUUGAUGAUCACCAUUAUCGUCGUAUGCAGACUACGCAGGAAGAAGGCGCGAGAUGCAGAGACAAUCAAGCUAAAGGAGCUAGAGAAGGAUCACAGGAACGGAUUCGAUAACUCGCUGUUAGGCAGGAACUACCUUCGCUCGGAUUCAAAGCAGAACUCCACGAAUGAUUUAAGAGAGUCCGAUCGUGAUGGACGUCUAAAUUCCUACUACGGUGGGCCGUUCAAGCCAGUUGAACCAAACUACACCAGACCAUUCAGAUUAGGCGAUCCUGAUUCGACGUGGGACCGUAACGGUCAUGUUCCCGGAAUGAAAGGCAAAUCUGGUUCGCUACCGGACAUUAAUGACCAUGUCGAUAUGAGACUGGCGCGAGAGAGAAGGCGAUUGUCAUACCAGAGGGAUCCCGAUCCGCUGUACUCUUCUCCAAAAAAGGAAAAAUAUCCACCACCUACGCAGAAACCAAUGGACAACUACAAGCAAAACAUGGUGAGGGUAUUUCCCGAGUCUGGCGAGCGACUUCCGAGAGCAAGAAACAGCCAGUUUCCGAGAAAUACUGGAAACGGCCGGAUUUCUCCGGAACCCGAUUACCAUGCUCCACCACGGUCACCAAAGCCUGAUUAUCACGACAAGCGGUCGCGUGACCGCCUGUACGCAUCAAACGACAGUGGAUUGAAUGGCUUUUCGCGAAGCAGCGGAAGUCCAGAUGUACAACGGUCACGUGAGAGCUUUGGCUAUGGAAGUCUAGGGCGUGGCCGAUACCGGAUGGAGGGCACGCCCUUUUAGAAAAUUAUUGACAUAUAAACUUGUCAGUGCAUCUCUUUCCCGUUUUGGCGUCGUUCUCUUUUUUAGAAAAGACGUUUUUCGUGGAAUGAUCAAACUCAAAAUCGUUAUAUUAGCAAGUAUGCAUGCUAAGCUCAUCCAUAUGAUUAUUACGUGUAAAUAGCUCGCUGUUCAAGCCAAACCAUAUUGUGAAUUAUAUUAUUAUACGAAAGAGCUUCUUUUUCUGCUGUUUGUCAUUUCACACGUUGGUUGACUAAGCUUGCAUUGGUGUUCCUUUAUUGUAGAAGUGUUGAUAUACUGUAUUUCUUAAUUUAAUGCCAUUCGUAUGCCUUUAAAAACCUACGUUUUGUAAAAUAUCUUAUCGAUCAGUGUUCACUGCUUUAAAGUCAAAUAACAUCAGUGUGUGACUUAUUGACAUUCAAUUUACCGCAAAAAGCUCAAUUGUAAUUCUUUGAAAAGGUAACUACAAGGCGGAAAUGCAUAAAAUGCAUGGAAAUUGUAGAUUAACGAUAGUUUAUCCGCAAAUCCUGUUUUGUGGUCAAAUUUGUGUGUACGAUGAUGAUUUGACAUUUGUGCGAGUUAUUAUAUUGGAUCAAAACAAUGUGCCAAAUUCGUAAGAACUUUAAAACCCACUGUACAUUCCAUAAAAUUAAAUUAUUCAAAAAGGCUUAAACGGUGUUUGAAGUUUAUGGCAAGUUUUCGACGUUUUUCUAAUUAACGUAGUUCUUUUGAUGAUGUUUACAUUUGCUGAAAUGUUAUUCGAAUGAAACAUAAAAUAAGGUAAAAAGGAUUUACUCAGGAUGCAACAUAAUUUAUCCCAUACUUACCAUACACGAUAAAUGUCAUCAUUUUAUUAUCACAAAUUCAAAUUUAUCAUUACUAUGUAAAAAUCCAAUUUGGUAGAUUUAUUUCAAUAUAUAAUAUAGUUAUUUCAUACUCUCUGUUAACAUUUUUUACUAGGGCCAUAAAAUUGUGCUCAUUUAAAAACUGUUUUGGAUAGUCUUAAAUAUUGGGAUAGUCUAAAAUGUGUAUUAUAGCAAAAAAAGUGUUGUCUUAAAGAUUGUAAAUUUACCGGGAUUCACACCUGGGAUCUAUAGCAAAACCUUACAACCUGCCACUGGAUCACUAAGGCUUUGAAUAUUAACAGAAUAUUUAACAGAGUUUAUGAUACUCGUAUUGUCCUAUUAUCGAAGGGAUAGCAGUACAGUUUAACCGAUUUAUAUAUUACAUAUUGAAUAUAAUAAUUACUGAAUUUUUGGAUUCUAUAACACUUAUUUUGUAUUUGAAAAUUGACAUGUUAUACAUGUGAAAAGAAAGUCCUUUAAUCGGGUAUUCGUACCAAAUACAGUCUGUAAAUACCCAUGGACAUGCACAUUUGUUUGCCGUAGCGUGUUUGAAAAUUGUGAAUCAAUUUAAUGAUUGCUAUUGCUUGCAUGGAGUUUCUGAUACGCAAUAGGCCCUCGAACUAUGUAUAUUGUUGUUUUGCUAGGCCCGGCAUUUAUAGCAUUAUACAAUUAAAAAGAAUAAUAUAUUUUAAGUGUAUUUGUGUUGCCGUUCGAUUCAUGAUCAUUAAAAAUGUUGAAUGUUAAAAUAAUUCCUUUAUAUUAUAUCAAUUAUUCUUCGGCUGGUAAAAAUAAACAAUCACAGGUAUACAUGCGUUUAGAUGUUUAAGAAGUUUAUGGAUACGUGUGUAUUUAUAUAUAAUUUGUAGCAAACAUAUCAAUUUAUAAAUAAAAUCAUAUUUCUUGAUAUAA